AUGCAAAAUAGUUAGUGUAAGAGUUUCAUCCUAAUGAAAUUGAAACUAUUACGAAAACUUUAUAAAUUGAAAAAAAUUUGGUUCAUAUAAUCAAAUUGCCAGCCAAAUAGAAACAAAAUGCAGUUCUAAAAUAUUUUUUAUUUGGACAAGGGAUUAUCUAACAUUAGCAGCUCUAUUAUUGUUGUUAGCUUUAAAAUUUUUGGGUGCAUCGAUGGAUUACUAUUCUAUAAUUAAGGCACUGACAGUGUAUUAAAAUUAAAUGAAUAAAUUCAGUUGUUGAUUGAAUAGCAAAGGUUCAAUGUGGAUGAUCUAAAGGAAUAAUUGAUUUUGCAUUAUUAAAAUAAUGAUGAAUUUUUGUGGGAUAAAAUUUUCAAUAGAAAUUAUGCAUUUAAUAAAUAGGAAAUUAUUGAGAUUAAGAAUUAAAUUGAAAAUGUCUAAAUAAGUGAUUUCCAUGGGAUACUUCAGUCAGAAACGCUGAGUAUAUUUGGGGUAGCAGAGAGUUCCAAAAUUCCUAAUUUGCCAUCAGGCUAACAUGAUUACUCAAAGGAAAAGGAGAAGUCAUAUUUUGAAUGUGCCUAUUAAUAUUAGUCUUAAUGA